CCGACCUCGGCGCCCCGUCGGCGGGGUGUGCAAGUUUGCCCUAGACGUCCGCGAGCUCGCAGCCACGCCGCGCUCGCCCUUAGGACUCCUUGGCGGCCCAGACGAUAACAUCAAGAAAAUCAGAUGGCAUCUGGAGAUUUCUGCUCACCUGGAGAAGGGGUGGAAAUAUUGCAGCAAGUAUGUGUCAAGCAGUUUCCUCCCUGUGCCCUGACUGAAGAGGACCUGAUUCAGAACCCGAAUUUCAGCAAGCUGUUGCUUAGUCUCUCACAGCAUAUGGAUGAAAGUGGUUUAAGCCUCACCCUGGCGAAAGAGCAGGCUCAGGCAUGGAAUGAAGUUAGGCUGCGUAAGAUGGCGUGGCUGAGGUACGAGAUUUUACAGAGAAUCAUCCAAGAGCUGCUCGUGGACUAUUAUGUGAAGGCACAGGACAAAAAUCUGACAUCGGAAGACAAAAAGUUUCAUGAGACCCUCGAACAGCGACUGCUUGUAACUGAGCUGGCACAGCUUUCAGGUCCUGGCCAGGAGCCCGAGAUGCCCCCACUGCUAGGGUUCGAGAAGGCUGACCUCCUGGAGCUCAUGCCCCCCUCACAGGACUUUGUGUGGAUGAGAGAGCGGCUCCGGCUGGAGGUGGAGGAGCAGCUCAAGAGGAAGUGCUUUACUCUGCUGUGCUACCACGACCCCAGCUCAGAUACUGAUGGAGAAACUCUGAAAGCAGCCAAGGUGUGGAAACUGCCAGAGGUCCUGGUAGGAGAGAAGCAGCAGUGCCUGGAGGCCAGGAACCUGCAGAAGGAGCAGCUGGUGCUGCUGGAGAAGAAGAGAACCACCUACUCCCAGGCGCUUCUCCGCUGCCUCACCUUGCUGCAGAGGCUUCUUCAGGAGCACCGGCUGAAGACGCAGUCCGAGCUCGACCGCAUCAAUGCCCAGUACCUGGAAGUCAAGUGCAGCGCUAUGAUCCUUAAAAUGAGGAUGGAGGAGGUGAAGGUUUUGUCUGACACUUACAGUGCUGAGAAACUGGAAGUGCAUCGUCUGAUCAGGGACCGUUUGGAGGGAGCCAUUCGCCUACAAGAGCAGGACCUGGAGAAAUCGAGAUUGGUCCUGAAAACCUAUGAGGUCCUUGGAGAAGACUUUGAGAACCUGGUAAAGGAAUACACGCAGCUCAAACAGGCAACUGAAAACAAGCGUUGGGCUCUCCAGGAGUUUAGCAAGCCCUAACCACUGAGUUGAGUGUAGGCAGAGCCCGGAAGCAUGGAUUCUACAUGGCCACCUCCGCUUCCUGUUCACCAGACUACCUCCACUAUUAGGGAAACACUGCAGUCAUUAAGACACCCUCCUAGUUUCCUUGUCUACAAUGACUGGGUCUUUUCUGGGAAAUGUAGCUAUCAGAUUUAUAUAAUUUUAUGCAUAUCUGUUUGCACCAGCCCUGUGUAAUAUUAUUUCCUGAAUAAAGUAGUAAUGUUGCAUCUCG